ACAUGUUAAGACACAAUUUGACUUUAUAUUUACAUUAUAACACACAUCAUGCCUUUGACACACUUCUUUCAUGUGUUUUGACUAUUAUACCCAUGGAGUCACGGUUUCUCUUUCUCGUUAUCUUCUUCUUUUCUUUUUGAAUGAAUCUCUCAUUAUCUUCUCUACUCGUUACUUUUGUUUAAAUAUCACAGACCACAAAUCCCUAAUCCUGAGCACAAAUCCCUAAUCCUCUGUCAAUGAAAUCCCUAAUCACCCCACCGAUGGAACCAUUCUCUCACCAGUCGAUGGAGUCUCUCUCUCUCUCGUUUAGCUCCUGCAAAGGAUUAGAGUUUUCAGAUCUGCAUUUUUGUGUUUCAAAACGAUUCAAUACGAUUCUCCAAAAGGGUUUUGUGCUCAUGCGUGAACCCUAAUUCUCCUUCUGUCAUCUGAAGAAACGGAGAAGAUGGUGGCGGUACGAGCGUCGUCAGAGUUGUCAGAAGUGGACGUAUUAUGUCGAUGAGGAGCAUGCUCUGGAAACUCGCCGUUGUCGUUUGUAAGGUCAAAUCCGUCGCCCUCUAAUCUCACCGUGUCUUGGUCCAGCUCGAGAAGUAAUCAACAUGGUGGUGGUAGUAGUAGUGGUGAUGUUUUUUUUGCUGUGUAUGAGAGGUUUGGAAGAUUAUCUCUCACUGCUGCAUCAGCUCUGUGUUCAGACAUGAAAUAUGGAGUUCACUUUCAAGUUGUCCACAACAUUAUGUCGUAGUGAAGGCAGUGGUGUUUAUGGAGAAGGUGGUGAUGGAAACAUGAAGCUGUAUACUCGAGAGGAAGAGGUGGUGGUGGAACACGUGAGGUUGGUGGAUACAGAGGUGAAAGACGUGACAGUGGAUACAUCGGUUGUGGAUGUGGCUACUGGAGAGGAGGAGGUGGUUGUGGUUACAAUGGAGGUGGAAGUAGAGUAGAAGAUGUGAGGAUUGGAGAUACAGAAGUAGUGAAGAUGGAGACCGUGUUAAGUGGCCGUGGAUACCAUAGUGGAAACUGUAGUAUUUGUGAAAGAGAUGAUGAUGAAUAAAGAGGUAAAAAACGUGAGAAUGAAUCAUUGGUUGUGGAGCUACCUACUGGAG